AGUCUGUACGCCGCAUUGAAAUUGACAUUAGGGUAUUCUGACAUUUUAAAUUAGAAGCAAAUUAUACGUUAAAGAAUUUGCGUUACCUUCAGUGAUGUCCGAUUCCGGAAAACCACUUCAUAUUUCAAUUCCGAAAGAUGAAAAACUGCAGUCUGAAUCAACGACGGAGAAAAUUAUCUCGAAUGUUGAACUUCCCAUUGACGGAAAUGCCAACAAUAUAAAAUCAGACAAUUAUUUCGAUUUUCCUCCAAGACCAGAAGCCAGUACUCUCGAUAUUGAAGAAAAAAGAAAAAUUGAUGUUAACGAAAGGAUCGAUGAGCCAAAAGCAGAACUAUUCGAUUUGAACGAGGCCAAAGCAGCUCUUAACAGACUUGGAAAUAACCUGAAAGCGAACACGUUUCCUAAACAGAUGGGAUUGGGUACCUCAACAGGAAUAUUAGCGGGAUUUCUAUCCAUGAAAGUGGGAAGAUUAUCUGCAUUAGCUGUCGGUGGUGGAAUCAUACUUUACGAAAUAGCACAUCACAACAAAAUCGUUACCAAAGAUUUGGAGUCGAUUUCGAAGCAAAUCAAGGAGAAAGACUACUUUAAUAAUCCGAAGGCAAAAAAAGUUAUGGACUUAUUCGCACAUGUGAAAAAAUUCGCUGGAAGAAACAAGAUAUUCUCGAUUGCAUUACUAGGAGGAUUUCUGGUCGGCACUGGAAUAAAUUAUUGAAUAUAUGCGUUAUUUUCAUUUUCAUGCUAUGUUAUUGGUUCUAAUGGCUUUGUCAAUCUUUAGUCCCGCAUUAAAUAAAAUGUAAAAAAUCUGAACAAAAAA